GUCAGAAUAUUAUUACCAGCUAGGGCGAUGUCCUACUAGACACCUCAGUCACACCGAUGUCGACGUUUGAUGGCAUCGUUCAAGAAUUCCCUUAUAUACAAAUCGACUACUUUCGCAAAAACCCAGACAGGCCACCGCCACUUGCCUGCUUUCUUAGCCAUGUACACAGCGACCAUCUUCAGGGCCUGGAGUCCUUCCGGGCUCCUUUCAUCUAUUGUUCUGCAGCUACGAGAGAGCUGCUCUUACGCAUCGAAAAAUAUCCCCAUCGUAUGAACUUCGACAAGGGUAUCCUAGAAUCCAGGAGGCUGCAUUACAAGCAUCUAUACAAACUUCUUAGACCGAUUCCACUAAAUACGCCAACGGAAAUCGAACUCACGCCGCGGCUGUCAAUUCGCGUUACCCUCUUUGAUGCAAACCACUGCACAAGUGCGGUAAUGUUUCUUGUCGAAGGCGAUGGAAAAGCUAUCCUCUAUACCGGUGAUAUUCGUGCGGAAUCAUGGUGGGUUAACAGUCUUGUCCGGAAUCCAAUCCUGAUCCCAUACACCCUGGGCGCAAAGCGUUUGGACAAGAUAUACCUCGAUACUACCUUUGCUCGUGCAGAGAACCUCCAACAACAUUUCCCAUCCAAAGCUGAGGGACUGGCAGAGCUUCUGCAAAAAGUCAAUCCCUAUCCGGAGGACACCACCUUUUACUUCCGAGCGUGGACAUUUGGCUAUGAAGAAGUGUGGAUGGCGCUCAGCACCGCUCUAAAUGCCAAAAUUCAUGUGGAUCGAUACCAACUAGGACUCUAUCGAUCCGUGAGCCUCGCCCGAGGUGGCAACGAGGUGUCAGCUCUGUGCGGAUUCGAACUUGGAAACAGGUCAGUCCCAGGGUGUCUCACUGACGACGAAAACUCGCGGAUUCACAGCUGCGUGUGUGACUUGCCCUGCUCUGUCGCCAGGUCCGAGAAAACGGUCUACAUAGAACCAAUCGUCGGCCGCUUGCAGGAUGGCUCGCAGUUGCCUGACGUUGGGAUUGGCGGUGGCGCAGGCGAUCUUUAUCAAGUGCAUGAACUUGAGCUGCCCGAUCAGGCAUCACUAGAAGAGCUGGAGAAGCUAUGUCUCGAACGAAUUCAUGAUAGUCAAGUGCUAUCUCAGACUAGAGAUGCUCUAUUCGAGGCCUUUCGAUCAAAGAGCAAGUCGCUCUCGCUGGAUAGCUAUGGGAUAAAAGACGAUACGGAUAUUCCUCUGGAGAAGUUGGUUAGCAUCUUAUCCCGUGGCCAUGCGGGUGACCAACGCUCAUCUGCAGACGUGAAAGACAAAGCAGGCAACCAGCUUCCAAAUAUCAUACAAUUCCCUUACUCCCGCCACUCAUCAUACAACGAACUAUGCGAGCUGAUCUCUGCAUUGAAACCCAAAGAUGUCUACCCUUGUACGACUGACCCUCUCACCUGGGACGAAACCAGCUCGAUUCAGGCCCUUUUCGGGCACCUCUGCUCUGGUGAUCACUUCUCUCAUGACACUCACAUGCGGGAGACAAUCGCAAAUGAUGAGGACCUACUCCAUUCGAGAAAAAGAGCACACUACGAUGAAGGAUCAUCGCCACAAGCAAGUCAACAGUCUAGCUUCGCGGAUAGCGAUUUCAACCUUAGCAAUUCAUUUGCCAGCACCCAGAGACAUGUCAAAAGACCAAAGCCGUCAACUUUCCCAGCCAAAUACGUCACCAAAGACUUCUCCUCUUCGUCGUCCUCGGGGAGACUUCUUCCCUCGUCUAUGGAAAUGAUCCACGAAACUCAUGUUAAUACCAAUGCCAAUUCAAACGAACCCCUCACCGUCCCUGAACCAACCCCCGAAACUGAACGAGCCAAGCGCAAUGAAAUCCGCCGCACCUGGCUUUAUUUACGCUCUAACUUGCCAAACACAUCCCAUCUCGGUCCACUUCCAUCCUCAUGGCCAAUAGAGGAAGACGAUGGUCUGCGAAACGAGGACAGAAACGUCAACGAUAACAAUAACAGCAUAAAUACAGAAACACGUCUUCCACCAUCAACCGCUCCAUCUCCAUUUCCGUCCCCAUCACCACCUUCACAUAACCCAAACCCAGACAUCAUGGAACUCGAUACCAAUACCACCCACCAAACCGAAAGCCAACAAACAAACUCCCCCUCCAUCCCCGAAUCCGCCUUUGCAUCGUUCUCUUCCCAGGAUCCAGAACAGGAGGAUGGCCCAGAAAUAGCAUCCACUUUACGCAGACGCAGUCGCAAGGCAGCGUAUGUUGCAGCACAAGCGGAUACCUAUGAAGCGUGGAGUUUUGUAUCGCUUGUUUCGGCGGGGAAUAAUCAUACCGAGCCGGAGAUUGAGCUAUAACUUCACUACUUUAUGAAAUAUUAUAAUGAUAACCUAGAUAAUGGCUAUGAUAAUGGCCAUAAUAAACGUUAUAUUCGUCAAC